AUGAAGGAUAAUUACAAAAUAUUUUGUAUUGAGGAAUACACAUCUUCAAAGCCCACCCUAACAGAUAUUUUGCUGCAAUUAAUGAUUUUUCAACGUAUGGAACGUAUCAGUUUUGCAUUUCAGCUUAAACGUUUGCUGAUAUUAUCGCUAUUGUGUGCCACCACAGUCUGUGCGCAAGAUUAUCAAGACUAUCAAGAAAACACACCAAGACCUGCACCCAUAAGACUGCGACCGAAUACGGCACAGGAAGUGCCAAGACCGACACCGGUACCUAUUCUAAAACAAAUUAAUAAGCACAAUGAGGACGGUUCCUAUACAUAUGGUUAUGAAGGUGCUGAUGGUUCUUUCAAAAUAGAAACGAAAUUGGCCACUGGCGAGGUAAAGGGUAAAUACGGUUAUGUAGAUGAGACGGGUAAAGUGCGUGUCGUUGAAUACGGCGCCAACAAAUAUGGUUUCCAGCCAUCCGGUGAGGGUAUAACUGUGGCACCACCCACAUUAGUGGAUGAAACUAGGCGUGAACCCGAACCAGACUAUGAAGAGGAACCCGUUAAUAGGCCACAGAGACCACAGCGCAUUAACCGUCCUCAACCCCAGUAUAGACCAGCUCCUCCACCACCGCCACCACCUCAACCACAACCUCGUCCCCAACCACAAUAUGUUCAAUAUGAGGAUGAAGAAUCAGAACCAGAGCCACCACGCAGACCCCAGUACGUCCCACAAAACAUCCCAGCUCCCAAAUCUGUAGGACCUGCUCCUCCAAGACUUCAAAUCCCCGGAGCACAACGUACCACAGAUGUUGUUUAUUCACCAGUCCCAAAGAUAGCACGUCCCGAACCCGAUUAUUCACAGAGCACAUCAUUUGGUGAUGGUGGCGCAUCAAAUCUUCGCAUUUCGCGUCCCGUCUAUGCUCCAGCACCAGAGACUCCAUCUCCAUCCAGUGCUCGUGCUCAAGGUUUUCUGGGACCAGCAUCUGGUGGCCGGCCACUUUUGGAACCAUUCCAAUUUGGACCCUCUCCAGCACCGCGACCAGUACCACAAGCCGUUCCCGUGCAACAACCCCGCUAUCCUCAGCCUCAACCACAAAGUCGCAGUAGCGGAGGUGGUGGUAGUCUGCUAGAUCAGUUAGCGCGUGAUUAUGCCCUUCCCGAGGGAACAUCUCAGCCAUUGCACGACAUCUCAUUUGGUUAUUAUUAGACGCG